AUGAACAGCUUAUAAUCUGAUGGAAGAUUAGGAAACGUUAUUGUCGUCCUUGAUGCCUUGAGUGAUACGCUUUCUUCUUCUAUAGUUACCAGACCAAAGAGCUUCUCUUUAAACCAGACUAGAGAUAUUAAACAAUCAUCAUUUUGUUUCUUUCUGCAGUUACCUUGUUUUGUUCAUUUCAUUUUUCUAUUUUUUCAUUUAAAAUCAGUCGCCAAAUUAAACCAUCAUGAUCACUUUAAGGAGUAUCGUUAAAUUGACUUCCAAAUCAUUGAACCAAGGAUUACAUUUUCAAAAAUGUCAAGCUCAUGUUGGAUGGAUCGGACUAGGUUUCAUGGGUACUCCUAUGGCUAACCACCUUAUCAACAAGGGUAACUCUCUGGUUGUUUACGACAUCAAUUCAGCAGCUGUUGAGCAAUUCAAGGCUAAAGGAGCUGUAGUUGCUUCUAGCCCAGCUGAAGUUGCUGAAAAAUGUGAUCGAGUGUUCACAAUGGUUCCUGCUGAUCCUUAUGUGAUCGAAGUUUUCUCAGGAUCAAAUGGAUUACUCACUAAAGCUAAGAAAGGAACCAUCUUGAUGGACUGUUCAACUGUUCACCCAAAUACAUCCAAAAAGCUACUACAAUUGAGCAAUGAUGCUGGAGUUGAUUUCUUAGAUACUCCUGUUGCUGGUGCCGUUCCUGCUGCCAAUGCUGGUACUCUAACCUUUAUGUGUGGUGGUAAAGCCGAUUUGGUUAAAAAAGUUGAAUCCUUAUUACUCUGUAUGGGACGUAGGGUUAUCCACUGUGGUGACACUGGUGCCGGUUCAGCUGCAAAAAUUUGCAACAAUAUGAUGCUUGCCAUAUCAAUGAUUGGAACUAGUGAAACCCUUGCUUUAGCUCAAGGCCUUGGUAUAGAUCCCAAAAUGAUGACCGAAAUUCUCAACAUCAGUUCUGGUCGUACCUGGUGCUCUGAUACCUACAAUCCUGUUCCUGGUAUAAUGGAAAAUGUGCCAUCUGCUAGAGAUUAUAAGCCUGGCUUCAAAGUUGAACUAAUUGCUAAAGAUUUAGGUAUUUCUCAGUCUUGUGCUAGUUUAACUGAUGCCCCUACUCCUAUGGGAGCUUUGGCUCUAUCGAUUUACAAAGCUAUGACCAACAAUGGUCAUGGAGAGAGAGAUUUUUCCUAUGCUUACCAAUUCCUAUUGAAAAAAGUUGCUGGUGGAGUUAGGAAAAGUUAAACAAUAUCAAGAAAUUGGACCAUGAUCAACAAAAUAAUUCGGUGAUCUGCGAUAAUUUCCAGUUUUCAGUUUGACUGGACUGUUUGGGACUUUAUUUUGUAAUGUACAUUUUCGCGGAAAAUGCUAUUUUAUAAAGCAAAUGCAUUCAAAAAAAGAUACAAAUAUUGUUAAA